GGACGCCGGGGAGCAGGGCGGCUGUUCUGUUUUCUUUUGGGUCCGACGUAGCCGCCGGCGGCGGCUUGGAGGCCAGAGACCGAUGUGGCGGAAUAAAGUCGUCCAGUUGAAGCUGCUGCAGUAUAACUGUUGCUAGUUGGCACUCUAGUAAUUCUGCUCAUGUUAACAUUGGGUGACGACAUAACUUCCACAGUGCUUCCUCCCGAAGCCUAGCUUUCUGUUGAGCCAUUGAGUAGCAAACCACACUUAUUCAUAUCAUCAGCUUUUCAGUUUCCCUGUGGACGUAAUUGUACUGCUUAUGACUGUAGUAUUUAAGUCUUGGAACUGAAUUUAUAUAUUGUGAUGGUUAGAAAACAGUUUAUAAUGGCAAUGCUGUUAAUUUUAAAUUUCCUAAUUGACUCUCAUGCCAAGAAUCAAUGGUUUUACUUGGUAAUGUUUAAAUCUCAGAGCCAGUCAAUUAUUUACAGAUAAGGACCACUUUCCUCAGUUAGUGUCGCCUACAAGUUAGUUGAGUAUACAUUUUUCUUAGUGGUUUUAUACUUCUUUUUUUGUGCUAUGGCGGCUGCUACAAUAGUUCAUGAUGCAUCAGAAGCAGUAGAGCUCUGUGCUUCCUAUGGCUUGUACCUUAAACCCAUUACAAAAAUGUCUAUCAGUGUGGCACUUCCUCAGCUCAAGCAACCAGGAAAAUCCAUUUCCAACUGGGAAGUGAUGGAAAGACUAAAGGGAAUGGUGCAAACUCAUCAGUUUUCCACACUACGGAUUUCCAAAAGCACCAUGGAUUUCAUCCGUUUUGAAGGAGAAGUUGAAAACAAGAGUUUGGUUAAGUCCUUUCUAGCAUGCCUUGAUGGCAAAACAAUAAAACUUAGUGGUUUCUCUGACAUUUUAAAAGUUCGUGCUGCAGAAUAUAAAAUUGACUUUCCUACUAGACAUGACUGGGACUCCUUUUUUCGUGAUGCCAAAGAUAUGAACGAAAGUUUGCCGGGGGAGAGACCAGACACCAUUCACUUAGAGGGAUUACCUUGCAAAUGGUUUGCACUGAAGGACUCUGGCUCAGAAAAACCAAGUGAAGAAGUCCUUAUAAAAGUAUUUAAGAAAUUUGGGGAAAUACGUAAUGUGGACAUACCCAUGCUGGACCCAUAUAGAGAAGAAAUGACUGGUAGAAACUUUCACACCUUCAGUUUUGGAGGCCAUUUGAAUUUUGAAGCUUACGUUCAAUAUCACGAGUAUGCAGGUUUCAUCAAGGCCAUGAAUGCCCUGCGAGGGAUGAAACUGAUGUACAAAGGUGAUGAUGGCAAAGCAGUGGCUUGCAAUGUAAAGGUUUCCUUUGACUCAACAAAACACCUGAGUGAUGCAUCAAUUAAGAAACGGCAGCUUGAACGUCAAAAACUUCAAGAGCUUGAACAACAAAGAGAGGAACAAAAACGCAGAGAGAAAGAAGCAGAAGAGAAAAAAAAGGAGGAGGAAAGGAAACAGAAAGAACUUGAAGAACUUGAGAGAGAGAGAAAAAGAGAAGAGAAGUUACGCAAAAGAGAACAGAAACAGAAGGAUCGUGAAGUUCGUAGAAACAAAAAGAAACUUGAAAAAAUGCAAGCAGAAGAGCAGAAAAAACUGCAAGAGAAAAUAAGACUAGAAGAGAGGAAGCUCCUGUUAGCGCAAAGAAAUCUUCAGUCCAUCAGACUAAUUGCAGAACUGCUUAGCAGAGCAAAGGCAGUAAAGCUUCUGGAGCAGGAACAUAACGAAGAAAGAGUCCGUCUUCAGGAGUUGGAGGAGAGACGAAGGCUGCAAGAGGCUGAACUCAGACGUGUAGAGGAGGAAAAAGAGAGAGCACUUGGACUGCAAAGAAAAGAGAAGGAGCUAAGGGAGAAGCUAUUAAGCAAUCUCCUGAGCAAGAAAACAGAUGACACACAUCAGAGUAAGGAGGAAACUAAGGCAUCUCAGUCUGGCUUGUUGAAAACUAUUGUGGCUGGUCCACAGAUUGUGUCAUCCAGCUGUAUAACAUCUACCUCGGUACAGUCCAUUAUGGGUAAACCAAAUCAGGUCUAUCAGAGGGAAGUAAUAUCCAAUGAAAGUGUGAACUCUCAAUCCAAGUAUUUAAAUGGAAACCUUCACAAGGAAGCUAAUGUUAAGGAAAGCAAGACACUUAAUUUCAAUAGCACUGAAAGUUCUUCUGAUAAAAGGAGUUCAGGUGUGCUUUCUUGUAUUCCUGCCAAUAACCAGCAACACAAGACUACGUCAAGCUAUGACCAGAAUGCGUGCAGGAAGGACUUAUCCUCUGAGCAAGGCAAGUGUAACAGAGAGCCAAGUAAGGGGAGGAGCCAUUCAUGUAGUGACACAAGUAUUGAUAAUAGCAAAGAUAAAAAGGAAAGGAGCAAACACAGAAGAGACUUGAGUAGUCAAGAUGAAAAGUAUAGGAAAGAAAGAAGACUCCAUAAAUACCCUAGCAAAAGUCGCAGCCCUCACCGAAGAAGCUUAAGCCCAGAUCGCACCCAGCAUAAGAGGGCCUUGAGUAGUGAGAGUAGACAAGAUAAGAAAGAGAGAAGUCAUGGUCACAAAAGCUUGGGUAAGAAACGAAAGCACCGAAAGAGAUCAUUGAAUAAGCAAAGAAGUCCUUGGAGUAGGUAAUAAAGGAAUUUGCC